CCUCUCUCUUCUCUCUCUCUCUCUCUCUCUCUCUCUCACACACACACACACACAGCCGGGGUCAAUACUGACGCCGGCGACCACCGGCUUCGCCGCCACCACCACCAUCUCUGAUUCCCCCCUGUUCUUCACGCUGGCCCCCGGCUCCGCCGCCAUCUCCAUUUGUCUCUUUUUGUCUCCUUUCUUCGCGAACUACCAGCCACCGCCGCCUGCGACAACCACGGCAACCGCCUCGCUCGUUUCCGGCGUCGCAGUCACUGGUUCGGCGUCGCAGUCAAGGGAUUUGUCUCCUUUCCAUUUCAACAAAACCAAUGAGAACUUUUUGAGGCACUUCUGACUAAUAUUGUAUUGGUUGAUAUAUAUGUGUUUUUUAUAUGCUCAAAAUUACCAGUUUUCAGUGUGGUAAAUGUUUUCUUGAUAAACCUGGAGCUUAUCUUUAGGGGCAUCUUGAUUGUUAAUGUUAGCAUCUUUUUAUGUGCUUAAAAUUACCAGUUUUCAGUGUGGUAAAUGUUUUCUUGGUAAACCUGCAGCUUAAAUUUAGGGGCAUCUUGAUUGUUAAUGAGGGUAUCAUUUUCGAUUUUUGAUGUUGCCUCUACUCAAUUGAAGCUGAUGCUUAGGAGCAGGAGGAGGAUAUCUAGAUUUUUCUCGUCUGCAAGUUUGACAUUGCCUUCCUCUGCUUUUCUGACUGAUGAAGUAUUUACGAUAGAAGACUCUAUUUAUUUAGAUGAUCCUGUGGCAAAUCCUGAAUGCAUUCAUGCUGAAAGUGCAGAAAGUGGCGAGCUUUUUGACAGAAGGUUUAUUUGUCAGUUUGUUAACGAGAAUUCCUUUAUCUAUGAUUAUCAAAAUUUAGAGAAUGAUAAACUGAAGAGAAUAAAAUUGAUACUUAGAAACUGUGGCUGGAAUUUAGGCGCUGAAAAUGGGAAUAAGAUUAAUUUGGAUGAGCACAACAUUACUCGGAUCUUAAACGAUCUAUUUUUGGAAAGUUUGGAUGCUUCACUUGCCCUAUACUUCUUUAGGUGGUCAGAGUAUUGUACAGAAUUGAAGCAUACAACUCGAACAAUUUGUUUGAUGGUACAAAUUUUAAUUGCUGGGAACAUGAACUAUAGAGCUAUGGAUCUAAUUCAAUACCUCGUGAGGUUGGAUGGAGAAGAUUGUAAGCACAAUUCGUUGCUGAGUCUCUUCCAUGAAACCCAUACCAAUCGAAGGGUAUUGGCAACUGCAUACAGCAUGCUUGUUGAUUCUUAUAUACAACAAGGCAUGGUAGAUGUUGCCCUUAAGUUAACAAGUCAAAUGAAGCACAAAAGCAUCUUUCCCUCAAUAGGAGUUUGUAAUUCGCUUAUCAGAGCAUUGUUAGGAUCAGAGCAACUGGGAGCAGCUUGGUAUUUCGUAGAAGAAAUGCAUAGCCAUGGGAUGGUAAUCAAUGCUUCAAUCAUUAGCUUAUUUAUCUGCAAAUACUGUACUGAAGGGAACAUUGAAAUUGGUUUGAACCUACUGAUGGGAAUGAGAAAUUAUGGGUUUAACCCUGACAUUAUUGCGUAUACCAUGGUUGUUGAUUCCCUAUGUAAAAUGUGUUGUGUUAAAGAAGCCACUUCUUUAUUGUUCAAAAUGACUGAGAUGGGUAUAACAGUAGAUUCAGUUUCAGUUAGUUCACUUAUUGAUGGUUAUUGUAAAGUGGGAAGGUUGGACAAUGCAGUUGAUCUUUUGAAGAUUUUUAAAGUUCCUUCCAAUGUUUACAUAUACAACAGCUUACUCUCUAAGUUAUGUGGAGAUGGCAACAUGAUAGCGGCUGCUAAUAUGUUUCAAGAGAUGUUAGAAUUGGGCUUCCAUCCUGAUUGUUUCAGUUACACCACUAUCAUUGGAGGAUACUGCAAAACUGGGGAUAUAAUGAAGGCUCUUAACUUUCUAGGAAGGAUGUUGAAGAGGGGGGUUAAGAAAUCUGUUGCUACAUACACAAUGCUUGUUGAUGGUUAUUGCAAGUCUGGCAACACAGACAUGGCGCAAAACAUGUUUCAGAAAAUGGUAACAGAGGGUUUAGAUCCUGACAUUGUUGCAUACAAUGCGUUGAUGGAUGGCUAUGGGAAGAAUGGCCUCUUGCACAAAGCAUUUGAGAUUUUAGAUAUGAUGAGAUCUAUUGGUGUUUCUCCUGAUAUUGUUACAUAUAACACACUUAUUCACAGUCUUAUUAUACGAGGAUAUGUGACUGAAGCGAAGGCCAUUUUAGAUGAACUCAUUAGGAGGGGCUUUACCCCUGAUAUAUUAACAUUCACCAAUGUUAUUGCUGGGUUCUCUAAUAAGGGGAAUUUUGAGGAAGCAUUUCUUGUGUGGUUCUACAUGAAUGAUCAUGGUAUGAAACCUGAUGUUGUGACUUGCAGUGCUCUUCUUAAUGGAUACUGUAAGGUGCACCGUAUGGAAGAAGCCAACGCUCUCUUUUGCAAGAUGCUCGAUAUAGGUCUGGAUCCAGAUCUGGUGUUAUAUAACACGCUCAUACAUGGAUUUUGCAGUGUUGGUAACAUUAAUGAUGCACGCCGCUUGGUAAAUAUGAUGAUUGAAAAUGGUGUCAUUCCUAAUGAAGUUACUCACAGGGCACUUGUCCUUGGAUAUGAGAAAAAGUGGGUUAAGAAUCCGGUAGAAGUUGCAGCUUUGAAGUUGCAUCAGAUACUGCUAGAGCAUGGAAAUAUGCACACUGAAUGCAGUAAUUACAUCUUGGAUUUUUUUGGGACAUGGUGCCAUUCAUGAAGUACACGUCGUUUUGAAGAAGUUGAAGCUGGCUUGGUGUUCUCAUGUAGCAAUCAAGAGUAUAAUAGAGCCUCUAAUUUGACACGACAGAAUUCAGGAUCAUCUUAGGAUAUGCAUGAUAAUAGUUGGUCAUACAAUCCAAAAGAAGUUAUGGUACUAAUGCUGUUGAUUUGAGCGUUGGAAUCCCUUUUCUCUCUGAAGGGCCAAGCUAUUGGAUCUAGCUGUGUGGAGAAUGCAUGGUUGCAACAUCAAACAUAAAUCUUCUAGGUUUUUAAACUAUGUUUUUUACUUAAACAACCAAAUUCCUGUAACCCAGCAUUAGAGGAAUAAUAAUGUCACAACUCAUGGGUAGUUAGAAGGGCAUUAUUAUAAUAAGGUUGUAAUAGUUAGUAAUAGGUAAUUUGUGAGUUGUUAGGAGCACAUGGGUGCUAUUUUUCAAAUUUUAUUUACUAUUGAAUAGCUUAUAAAUAGGCCCUAAAAUGUAGAGAAAGGCAUGUUGAUGAAUGAAGUGAAUUCUUAUCUCCCUAAUUUUCACUCCCUCUCGUUUCCUCACUAAUCUCUCCCUUUCUUUCUCUUUUGAUUUCUCUCUCCCUCUCUUUCUCUUUUGAUUUCUCUCUCCCUCCUUUAAGUCUAUCAUCCAGUUUCUCUCCCAAAUUUCAAUCACAACCCCAAGUAACCCUAGGAAUGUGAUCAAAUGGUAUUAGAGCUGGUUCUUCCUUGGCUAUGAUUUUUGAUAAAUUCGUAUCAGUUUGGUUCGAAAUUGAGAAGGCACAAGCGGAUCUUGGCUUGAACUUGUAGGCGGAGUUCAUUGUGAGAAGCAGAUUCCUCUGAUUCCUAUGCUCGUUGAUUUCCGAACCUUAGGUGGUAGAAAUCAAUCAAUUGUUAGGCAAUCCUUAGCGGCAACGAAAUUAAUUGAACUUUUAAGAGAUGAUUCCAGAAAUAACAGAGAGUUGACGGAACGAGGAUUUGACUUGGUUAUUGAUCUCCAACGGUGACUGAUGUUGGCAAAUAGGUGAAGCAAUUCUAAUAAAUUAUGAAAUCGAGCCAGUGGUCGCGAGCCGUUGUUGGUGAUUGGGUGAGAAUGAGGAGUCGGGGGAAGUGAUUGUUGAAUUUGCAGCAAUUGCGAGCAGAGCCGAUUCUGGUCAGCGGCAACAGAGAUGGUGUUGUUCGACGGUGCUUUUGGAGACGCCUAGAGCAGCUUCGGUUGAUCGGAACUUGCAGGCAAAUUAAACCUCCUUAAUUCCAACGAGCCUGGUGAUUGUCGGUACUUCAGGCGAGUAAAAUUCAGUGGAUAAUUGAAGUAGAGGUGACUGAGGCGAGAAGGAACAACACCGACGAUUCUUGGCGAGUUUUGAAGACUGUUGGUGAUUGGGCAAGAAGAAUGAAUUGAAGCAGAUUCAAAUCUGAGUGGAUUCAGUGAGGUGAAGUAGGAGGUGAAGCGGAAUUCAAAUCGAGAAAUGGAUUGGAACGAAUGACUCGAAUUUGGAAGGUGAAUACAGAGCCAUUGAUUGGAGAUGGAAGUGAACAAGCAAGGCCAGGACAAUCGUGCAUCUGUAGCAAUCGCGGGCAGUUGCAAGCAACUCCAGCAAUCGGCAAUUGCUGUAGAACUUGGAACGAAUUGAACUCAGGUCAAUUCAGUUCCUACGAUUCUGACGGAGAAUUGCCUCUCGGCUUGAAAAUUUAAGAGGUAUUGAUCGGUCAAGGAAGGUGUGCAUGUGACCAAGUCUACGAUGGGCGAUUACUAGCCGUGUUUCCGAUCUAAGCUUGAAGGAAUUCUGGAUCAAAUUGCUAGCAGCGACAGGAGCAACAGAUUUCAGCUACUGCAGUUGCUAUUCAAUAAGGCGAUUCACCUUAAUUGCAACACAGUAGCUGAGAUCCAGAAUCGAAGCACGUUUAAAGCAGUUAACCUAAGAGGCGAGUUCCUUUGAUCAGUUAUAUACUCGGAAUUGAGACGCAGCGGAGGUGUGGCGGUUUAGGUGAUACAGGCUUAAGUGGAUCUUGAGUGGGGCGAGAAGUGCCGCUACUGUAUGUGAUUGAGUUGCGAUGGCAGGUGCGAUCGAAACGGUCUAGAGGAGAAUUCCGCAAGCAUCGAUUCUCAAUUGAAUUGAUUUCAAUUGUGAUUCUCAACUCAGAUUGGAAAGUGGUGAGAAGUGAAACUGCGCAAUUAGAGCCAGUGCAAUCACUAUCGGAUUUUGGAGAAUUUAAUUUGGAGCAUGUUCAGCAGUAAGAAUUGAGGUUACUGAACUGAAAGCAACUAUUGCAGGGCUGAAUUGGAUUUCGGGGAUUAAGGAUUGCUGAAUUUUAAUACAAGGAGGAGUUUUCGAAGGGAUCCAUAGAGGCUGAUCAAGAGGCUGUUACAGGGUGCAAUUUCAAGAAAUUUAACUGAAGAGAUGGCCGAAGGACUAAUUGCUACAACAAAGGAAAUUAAGGACCUCCGUAGGUAGCUGGACCAUUUGUUGAUCCUGUGUUCACAUAAAUUUCAGACUACUAAUCGGACUUUAUCGACCUCAAUUCCAAGUGUUGAUUUUCCCACUAUUGCUCCAUUGGUUAUUUCGAUGUUUGACAAGGAUAAGCCAAAAUGGUGGAUUCGGCAAUGUGAACGGGUGUUCUACCAACACCGACUAGCUGAAAAGGAGAAGGUAAAAAUGGCUAUAGCUAAUCUGAGUGGAAUUCCAUACAUGUGGUUCCAGAAUUAGUGCUGGGGAAGGGAGGAAUUGAGCUGGCUGCAAUUUGUAAUUGGCUUGUGUAACUGGUUUGGAGAAAUGACCAAAACCUAUAUUAUCAAUGGAGCUUCUAAGGCUGUUAAGAUGGAGAUGCAAGAAGCUGAUGAGGAAGAAAAAGAAGUGGAAGAAGGGAUUGAAGAAUUGGGGGAUGACAGUCCAACGGUUGGCAACAUCUCAAGCACCCCCACUGGUACUGAGAAUUCAGAUGCUAAAACCCUCAAUAUGACAUCGUUUGAGGAGGUAACUGUUGAGGAUGAAGCUGAGAUGCUUGCUAGCAAUCCGAGAGCCAAAGAUCUUAGAGUGGAAUCGACCACAACAGUCUUAGAUUGUGGAGAUCUUAAAUUAUCUACUAUGGAUCAGGUAACUCUAAUUGAGAAAUUAGUCAAUUGGGAGGAAACUUGUGCCUUAAUCGAAGUGCAUAACCAAUGGAGGGCAGUUCAAGAAUGGUUAGAGGUUAAGGGAGGAUGCUUGCAUGAAAUUGCUUACACUAAAACCUUCCAGUCGUAUGUUUAUGAUUUAGAGCAAUGGAGGAUGUAGAAGGAUAAAGUGAAACAAGAUGAAAGGAAGAAAAUGAAGGGAUUCUUUGUUGAAGGAACCGAGACCCUUGUUGUUUUGUUUACUCAUGUUUCCAUUGGUGUGGCAGCAUGACAUACUAUUGUUGCUACUGAGAAGAAAGAAAAAAGAAAAAAGAAAGCAAAAGAGAAGAUAAAAAGAAGGAAAAGUAAAAAAGAAACCAAUGGGUGAAGACGAGCAUUGGAUAAAGAAACAGUGGAUUGGUUGUAAUAAGUUUCUUGGGGACAAGAAACCUUUCAAGGGGAGGGGAAUGUCAUAACUCAUGGGUAGUUAGAAUGGCAUUAUUGUAUUAAGGUUGUAAUAGUUAGUAGGAGGUAUUUUGUGAAUUGUUAGGAGCACAUGGGUGUUAUUUUUCAAAUUUCAUUUUCUAUUGAAUAGUUUAUAAAUAGGCCCUAAAAUGUAGAGAAAGGCAUGUUGAUGAAUGAAAUGAAUUUUUAUCUCCCUAAUUUUCUCUCCCUCUCGUUUCCUCUCUAAUCUCUCCCUCUCUCUCUUUUUUUAUUUCUCUCUCCCUCCUUUUAAGUCUAUCAUCCAAUUUUUCUCCCAAAUUCCAAUCACAACCCUAGGUAACCCUGGGAAUGUGACAAAUAAAUGAGCUGGAUUGUUAGUUUUUCUGUCUGCUCAUUAAUGUGUUUUUCUAUGGCAUUACAUCUGCCAAACUUAUAAGACCGUAGGAGCAAAAAUAGGAACAAGAAGGUAAAAAGCGAGACAUAAUUGUAGGAUGGAUGCAAAGACCAUCUAGCUACCCAAUUUGGAAGAGUCCACAAAGGGGUCCAAACCAAGUCCAGCCCAAUAGUUACGUAGCAUAAUAAAAUAAUCUAUAUAUCUAAAAUUUAUAAUACAAGAUAUAUAUAUAUAUAAGAGUAUAUUAAGUACCCUAAUGACAUUAAUACCCUUUUAUUUAUACAUUUCCAACACUUCCUCUUAUGUUGGAGUAUAUAUGUUGUGCAUGCCCAUCUCGGUACAACUCACAUAAGUUCCUCUAAAUAAAUUAGAAAGAAAAUCAAUCAAUUGAUCAUUGAAGUCCACAAAUAUUGUAACAUCCCUAGAAGGCAUCUUUUUUUUAAGUGGUAAUCAAUCUCAAUGUGUUUGGUUCUCUCAUGUGAUACAAGAUUAGAAACAAUGCGUAUGAUAGCUUGAUUGUCACAAUUCAACUACAUAGAUUUGACCUAAAUGAGUUCUAACUCCUUAAUUAAUUAUUUCAACCACACUAAUUCACAAGUUAUUAGGGCUAUUGCCUUUUAUUCAACUUCUGCAUUGAAUUUGGCAAGAACACUUUAUUUCUUAUUUUUUCAAAAGAGUAAAUUGUCACAAACAAAUACAUAGUAUCUAGAUGUAAAUCUCUUAUCAACAAGAGAUCCUGCCCAAUUAGUAUUUGUAUAUCUCAUAAUUUGGUUGUAUCCAUGAUCUUGAUAUACAUCACACUGUGACCAAGGCACCUUGAAAACUAACUUACCACACACUUAGAGCUCACAUCGUUGUCUGGGGGAGAACUUUUUGUCACGACCCUAGGGUUUGAAUAGGAAUUUAAAAGAAAUUGCGGGAAAUUAAACUGAAAGAGGGGGGGUAUAACAAAAAUUGGGGGAGAGUAUAGAAAAAAUUGGGAAAGAAUUAUAGAGAAAGAGAGAGAUUAGAGGAAAAUUGAGAGAGAGUUGAUGGAAGGGAAAAUGGUUGAAUUCCAUUAUCAUUCAACACAUAUUAUCCUCUACUACUCAAGUCUAUUUAUAAGUUUAUAACUGAUGGUACUAACAACUAUAGUAGAAAAGUACAACCAAAAGAAAAACAUAUAAUAAGUAUUACUAUAAUAUCUAUGGGGAUUCCUUGGAUUGGUGACAAUUCCACCCUUAGAAAGUUCUUGUCCCCAAGAAUUUACGGCUAUUGUCUUUACUAUUCAUCUAAUCCAUGCCUUUGUGAUUUGAUUGAUUUUUUUUUUCUUUAUAGGCCUUUUCCUCUUAUGUUCCUUUGUUUUUACUUUCCCUACAAACAUAAACUGUAGACCUCAAGGAUCUCCAUAUCAAUGCUCCAUUCUCUAGUGUUUGAACUCCCGAACCAUAUGGCAAUAACCUCAUUUUCCAUAAUUUUUUGAACUAUAUGGCUGUUCUCCUGUUUAGUUAGUUUCAAUUGCUCAUUUUCUACUAGAGCCAACACUUGUAACUGAUCUACACUAUUUGAAGUAACAACAAGAUUGAUGCUCAAAGCAACAGUAGGAUUGUGCAAGUCUUCAGUGUUGGUGUUAGUGCCCUAAUGUUAUAUUUAGAUGACGUCUAGUAUGAGUAAUGGGCCUAAUGAUAUAAUCUUGCAUGGUCAUAUCUUCAUUCAUUGCUCUCUACUUAAAUAUGAAUGAGUUCAUAUAUUUCCUAGUAGAGAUUUUAUUCUUAAGAGUUAAGAAUAAUGUGAUGAGAAUAUUUAGUUCAUGAUUUCUUAAAGGUAUUCCUGGUCCUCAGAUUUAUUAGAAGGAGAAUAUGAUUUAUCGAUUAUGAACAGGUCCAUGGGUUACUAUCAUUGUUUAGCAUGAGAUGCUAAUGAGAUGGGGUGGUGAGUCACAUGUCACAUUGCAUGAGAUGCAUAUAAUAGAUAUGUGGGUGGGUGUUGAUAGAACAUUCGUUGAAUAUGAGACCUGCGAUAUAGCACAUGGUUUGGAAGAUUAAUGAUCUAUUGUUGGUUCUCGAUUUGUAAUCUAAUCCUUUGAUCGAAAGCAACAGAUUUGUCUUAUGCACUAGUGUCAGAGACUUGUCGUUGAGUGAAGCCAUUUGGUGUGAGAGGUGGGAAUUUUCUGUGCGGUCUUUGUGCAGUGAUGUAUGGAGAUAGAUGCUCGCUAAUAGGAUCCACCGUUCUCAUGGAUAGGGUGAACAUCCUAUGCGAUCUUCAUCCGUCAGUGAUUGUCGAAGUCCUUAACCAAAUCAUGUAUGAUCAAAAAUGAGUUUUCGAUAUCUGAAGGGGUUUCGAUAUGUCAUCUCGAUCAUCUUA